CACAGUUUUGCUCCGACUAACAUUACCUUUGUCCAUAUCACACCCUUGUCUACGUGCUGCUCACCUCUUCUGUAUAGUGGCGGAUCAUUCUUCCGGUGACGCCUGUGCACUGAAAUCCCUUCUUGCCAAAACCUCUUCACCGUCCAGUCCCAAUCGCGAAGCCGACAGAUAUCUUUCAGACCACUUCCCUCUGUUUGCGCGCCCGGUAUCACCGAUCUGUCCAUAUCUGCCAAAGCCCUACCCUCAGUCGCCGCUUAGUCGUCGUCCACCGCGCCAUUGAACACUCUCUUUCUCUUGGCAACAUUUGGCGAAGAGGUGCACAAAAGGACGCCAUUUUGGAAAACAUAUAUCUCCCAGACCAUUUCUCACACCCUUCCGAAAAGAGUCCGUUCAAUCAUCGACAGAGGCACGGCUAUGGGCUCCCAGGGCUACUCCAGGAAGCGCCCUGCGCCAGGCGCAGACCCGGUCCCUUAUCCGCCUCAGAUGCAGAAUCCGGUCUCAUACAAUGACGGUCUUGGAACAAAUCUCUCGAACGACGAGUUCUUCCAGUGGGGUCAAACUGGUCAACCAGCUGUACCUUACAAUGACAACAGUUAUACCAUGAACACAGACACUUAUCCUCAGAACAAUCCGCAGCCGCAACCCUCAAACCAACUUACCCGAAGACCCAUGACCCAACUUGCCGCGCCUACUCGGCCUCGAAUGGAUCAAGAUGGGAAUGCUUGGAUGGAUAACACAAAUGGCGCGCAUGCUCCGGAUGCUGAAUGGGGAGACGACAUAGCCGUCCUAGAGGCGAGGGCACAAAUCGCGAAGAGAGACGCUCAAGCGAAGAGAAAACAAAUUCCGCCCUUUGUGCAGAAACUCAAUAGCUUUCUUGAAGACGGUAGAAACACCGACCUCAUCCGUUGGUCUGAUGAUGGCAACUCUUUCAUCGUCCUUGACGAAGACGAAUUCGCCAAAACCCUUAUCCCGGAGCUGUUCAAACACAACAACUAUGCCUCCUUCGUCCGUCAACUCAACAUGUACGGCUUUCACAAGAAAGUCGGCCUUUCCGAUAACUCGAUGAGAGCAAGUGAGAGGAAGAAUAAGAGUCCCAGCGAAUAUUCGAACCCAUACUUUCGCCGGGGUCAUCCCGACUUGUUAUGGUUGAUCCAGAAACCUAAGAACGUAAGUGGCCCGGGAUCGAAACGCAAGAAGACAGAAAACGAGCCGAAUGAAGAAGAGACGGAAGAUUAUGGUGAAGAAAGCACAACUACUCCGGAUACUCGUGUUCGCGCACCGCCCGGUCAACUCACUCUCGGAAACUCUCAGACUGCUCUCAGUCAAGACCAAUUUAAAAACGUCCAGCGCGAACUGGCUGCGAUCAGGCAUCAGCAAGCUCAGAUCGGUCGCAUGAUGCAGCAAAUCAAGCGUGAGCAUGAGCAGCUGUAUGGCCAGGCUGCCACAUUCCAAGAUCAGCACAACCGACAUGAGAACUCCAUCAAUGCGAUCCUUACCUUCCUCGCGACGGUCUACAACCGCAGCAUUCAAGGUGGCCACGACGGUCUUCCAAGCAUGGCGGCUCUUUUCAAUAACAGCGCCAUACCAGGAGAUGGUCAAGGUCAUGCUAACGUUGUUGAUGUCGGAGAUUUCCCCAUCAACGAUCUCAACUUUGACGGCAGUAGUCCGGGUCUAGGGAAACCGUUUAAGAGGCAGCCUCUCCUCUUGACCAAUGGCAGCGGCCAGCAAGGUCGAGCAAGCACCAUAUCGCCCCGCGGCAGCGCGGCUCCCAGUCCCUACCAGCAGCGUCCUCAACCGAUGCGCAACACUCAACAGACCAACCUUGCUCCCAAUGUGGAAGAGGUCUUUGAUCCCGGUGUGAUGAGUCCAAAUACCGUCGUGCCUCCUCCACCUUCAACUCGCUCGCAGAGCUUGCCUCAAAGCGACAUGAUGUCUGUCAUCCACAAUGCUAAUGCCCGCAACAACGCCACCAGCCCCACCACUCCAGCGCAAGACUUUUCCAGUGUCCUCAACAACUUAGAAGCAUCCAGUGGUGCCAGGCCCCUAAGCACAUCCCAGCGCGCCGACGUGCUGAAGAUGAUCAAUGACUCCACGCAACAGCCCUCAGGUAGCGAUAACGCUCUGAUCAACUCGACCCCGCCACCCGGUCCGGCAAACUUCCACCGACGCCUGGCCAGCACGACAGCUGGCCUCGACCAACUAGCUAAGCUUCAAGCCGAGCAGGACAAGAGCGUGCAGAACCUGACCAACCUCCUCCAGCCACUCAGUCCAACCGGUUCUAUCCCUGGCAUCGGCGACGGUCAAAAUCUGCCUCCUCCGCCCUUGGAUAUCGACGACUUCCUCAACCAAGCCGAAUAUUUCGCCGAUUUCCCUAGCGACAGCAAUGGUAACUACGAUUUCGGCAACACAGGCCUCGAUACCACGGGCCCUACGGACAAUCUCAACUUCGACUACAAAGACGACGACGAGCUCUUUGGCAAUCUGAGCGAUCAACCUGGCACGGGUAGUGGUGGGAAGUACAGUUUUGGCUACGACGGCACCGCGGGCGGCGAGACAACCGCUGAACAGUAUGGACAACUGAAGCACGAGCCGAAUAGCGAUUUCGAGCACGAUGGCGGUGGACACGUCGAGAGUAUGCCGAGCAGUACGGUCACCACGCCCAAAUCUGCUGGUGAUGAUGCUGGGCCAACGACCCGAAGCAAGGGUCUGAAAACGAGCGUAGUCGAUGGGAACAGUCUACAGGCGAAGAGACGACGCUCUUAAAUCGAGGAUCAGAUGUGUCAAGGUGACGAGGUGGAAUGAGAAAAAUGCACUGUCCAGCUUAGCUUACUUAUGGCGCAGUGUUAACUGGAUUGGAUUGCCAAGUGUUGUGAUAGGUACUUGAUGAGAGAUGAUGAAUGUGAAUGAACGCCAUCCUACUAGCUUAGGACAAAAUUAAUCCUUCAAAAUCAAAA